AUGUCGAAGUUAGUGUUCACAACAAAAGGGAAAGAACACAUUAUUAAGAAGAACGUCAUUCACAACCUCCAAUCUAGUGCUUCAUAUAGAAUUGGAAACACACAAGUAGUUUGUGGGAUUAGUACUGAGAUAGUUCAAAUGAUUCAAGAUGGAAAAGAACCACAACACAUUGAGGUCGAAAUAAAAAGAAGUGGAUUAAAUGAAGAUAAAUCAGCUAUGAUUGAGAGUAUUCAGAAGUGGAUAGAAGAAGUAUUGAAUGACAAAGAUCUAUUUGGGAAUCGAGAAAAAUUUAUAGUUAGUACAGAAGACAAAGAAACAAGUUUUUACCAAAAGAUUCGUUUAGUUAAUUAUAUUAUUGAUGACGAUGGAUCAGUUUUUGAUGUAGCAAUUUUAGCAAGUAUCACAGCAUUACUUACACUUGAGUUGCAAGAAAUGAAAAUUGGAUUGGAUGGAUUAUGUUCAUAUGAUAAAACAAAGAAAUAUCAACUCCAUUUCAAUUAUCAUCCAAUUCCAUUCAGUUUCUUUAUGGAAAAUGGAACAAAAACAACAGCAUAUUUAUCAUUUAUUCUCACAGAAACAGAAAUUAAUCAUAUUCACAUCCAUGGAGGUGAAUCAGUUAUUUCACCAGAAUUAUUAUUAGGAUGUACUAGUAGAUGUAGAACAAUCUUUGAUACAUACGUUAAACGAUUAAUUGAAUGA